GCUGUUUUCAGACCCAAAAUCUUAUGAAAUCAACCAGUCACCUAAAAAUUAGAAAACAGUAUCUCCACAAACCUACCAAAUUUGUCAUUACAAAAUUCUAACCCAUCCCAUUUCUCUUUUUCCCUUAAUUUUUUUUUUGUCCUUUGCUUUUCUUUCGCUAUCACCUUUUUCCUCUUUUCUGCUGGCUUGGCUUUGCCUUUGCUUACCUUUUGCUUGUAUAAUAAUACUAAAUUAAUUAUAUAGAGUCGACCAAAAAGGAGUUUUUGCAUUUGGGGAGAGAUCGAGAGGGCCUAUUCGAUGAUCAAGAGAUGGGUUGAGAUCGGAUGCUGAAAGCAGCUGGCGAUCUUCACUGCAGCUGCUUCGCACAAUUUUCUGCAAAUUUUUUCGUGGUAGUUAGAAUUCAUCAACUGGUGAAAUACAGGAGGAGAAAUUCAUCCUAUUUAGCUGUCAUUUGGAUUGUUAGUGACCCUAUUGGGCCAUUACCUGGCUUGGAUCUAUUACCUAGUUUUUUAAUAUUGGUAUAAGGAUCAAGUGUUUUCAAAGGUUAAACAAAGAGAUUCUUCGUCUUGCUUGCUCAGAAUCAUGGCAACACUAUCACAUGCUGAGUCUAGACGUUUGUAUUCAUGGUGGUGGGACAGUCAUAUAAGCCCGAAGAAUUCUAAAUGGCUUCAGGAGAAUUUGUCAGAUAUGGACAUUAAAGUGAAAUCAAUGAUCAAGCUCAUAGAAGAAGAUGCUGAUUCCUUCCGGAAGAGAGCAGAAAUGUACUACAGAAAACGCCCCGAGCUUAUGAAACUGGUAGAAGAGUUCUAUAGAGCUUACCGUGCAUUAGCAGAAAGAUAUGAUCAUGCAACUGGUGCACUUCGUCAAGCUCAUAAAACAAUGGCAGAAGCUUUUCCUGACCAAGUUCCAUUAAUGUUACCUGAUGAAGCUCCCAAUGGCUCGUCUUUCACUGAUUCUGAGCUUCACACUCCUGCUCAUGAAUCAAGUCAGUCUAUGAAUGGAGAAGAGGAAACCCAUGAGAAGUUCGGUAAUGGAUGGGCAAGGAGAGGAUUGGAUUUCCAAAGUGUACAAGAGAAAGAUCCUGGAUUAUCCGAGGAGAAUCAGAAUCUCAAGAGCCAAAUUGCACUGGAGUCUGAGCGUGCAAAUAAAGCUGAAGUUGAAAUUGGAAAUCUCAGAGGUACCAUUUCAAAACUAGAAUCCGAGAAAGAAGCUGUUUAUCUUCAGUACAAUAUUUCCCUGGAAAAGAUAACUCGCCUUGAGGAUGACUUCAAGAAGCUAAAUGAUGAGAUGCUGGUAGUAACAACUAAAUCAAAAAGCUUUGGUGAUCGAUGUCAUCAGCUAGGGACAGAGAAUCAGGCUUUGAAAUUUGAACUGGGUAUGCUUAAAGAGAUGGCAAAAAAGCAACAUGAGGAAUUGCACAUGAAGCAAGAAGAUAUCGAGAAACUUAACAUCUCUAUAACAGAAGAACGCAAAAGAUCCAUGGAGGCUGAAAUGUCUCGCUCAUCUUUGGAAAAGUUACAUUCUUUGGAGAUUCAGAGCUGGGUUGAAAAGUUGAGGAAUGUGGAAAUGAGUAAAGUUGGUAUUGAAGAAGAAGUACAGCGGCUUAAAGAGGAACUGCGCAUGAAGCAAGAAGAUAUCGAGAAACUUAACGUUUCUAUAAUAGAAGAACAAAAAAGAUCCAUGGAGGCUGAAAUGGCUCGGUCAUCCUUGGAAAAGUUGCAUCCUUUGGAGAUUCAGAGCUGGGUUGAAAAAUUGAGAAAUGUGGAAAUGAGUAAAGUUGGUUUGGAAGAAGAAAUACAGCGGCUUAAAGAGGAACUCGAGCAAAACAGAUCUUCUGCUUUAAAGAUCAAAAGUCUUCAAGACGAAAUUAGUUUAUUGGAGGAAUCAAAAAGUAAGCUUGAAGAUGAGUUGGGGAUUCAUGUUGUUGAAAAGAAAUCUCUUCAACAAGAGAUAUUUUCGAUGAAAGCAGACAAAAAGGAGUUGGAGAGGAGACACAAUGAGCUAACAGAACAAAUUGGUGCGGUAAAUUUAAAUGUGGAGACCCUUCAAGAAAUUGUGAAGGAGUUACGAGAUGGGAAUGUCGAGUUGAAAGAGCUCUGCAAGAAGCAUCAUGAUGAAAGAAUUCUACAUCUUGAUAGCUUGAGAUUUAUGGAAAAGAUAACAGAACGAAAUGCUGGUUUAGAAGUUUCUUUAUCAAGUGCAAAUGCAGAAUUGAAAGAGUUAAGGCAAAAGGUAAAGUCAUUAGAAGAAUCCUGUGAAAGCCUCCAUAGAAAGAUUUCCCUUCAAAUAUCAGAAAAGGCUGUUCUAGUGUCCCAGAUUGAGGCUAUUGCUCAGAACAUGGAGAAGCUAUCAGAGAAAAAUACAUUAUUGGAGAACUCCCUUUCUGAUGUGAAUGCUGAACUUGAAGGCUUGAGAGGAAAAUUGAAUGUAUUAGAAGAAUCCUGCCAAUCUCUCCGUGAUCAAAAUUCCAGUCUUCUUGCUGCAAAGAGUGCCCUUGAAACACAGGUGGAAAGCAUUCGUCAGAGACUGGAAAACUUGGAAAUGGAACAUGCAGAACUAGAAAGCAAAAACUUAAAUCUGGAGAGUGAAAAAGAUCAACUACUUAACCAAAUCAGGGAGCUGCAAAGUUCUAUGAGAAUGAAGAAUGAAACAUAUGAAGCUCUCGCUCUUUACACUCGGAGUGAACUCGAUUCUUUAGAAAACAAGAUUCUCAUCCUCCAAGAACAAGGCCGGCUUAGAGAGGAGGAGCUUGAAGUGGAACAUCAGAAGAUCGUUCAUGCCCAGAUUGAAAUUUUUAUCUUGCAGAGAAUUUUGCAUGAUAUGAAAGAAAACAAUAUGAUUCUCUCAGAUAAAUGUCUGGAGUACUCGGAGACAUCCAGAUACCAACAGGGACUUAUUUCUGAGCUCAAGCAGGAAAGUUUAAUACAACAGAAAUGGCUAACAUUGUUAUCACAAUAUAAUGAGAAGCUGAUGGAGGGAAUUCAUCAGGUAAUGAAGACACUUAGCAUCAACAAAGAGUGUCGGUCUCCAGACGAUCUACAUUUUAAGCUAAUUUUGCUUGAAAUUGAAAACCUGAAGGCUUCAAAUUUAGAUGAACAGGAUUACAAUCAGCGUCUGGUUCUUGAGAAAUCAGUUAUACUCACUCUCCUUGAGCAUUGUAAACUUGACCUGGCAGAACUGCGCGCAGAAAAGAAUGGGCUUGAUCUGGAGUCAAAGACGAUACUUGAAGAAUUAUUACUCUUGCAAAGUGAAAAGCAUCAAUUGCUGAAGCUUAAUGAACAAUUGAGACAGAAUCUGCAAGCAUGCAACCAAAAGGAGGAAGUACUGAAGGCUGAAAUAAAAAUUUUGAGUAAAAAGUUAUCAGAUUUGCACGAGGCUCACUCCACUUUAAAAGUUGAUAUCACAAGGCUGAUUGAAGAAAACCAGUCCUUUUCGAAGAAAAUUAGUGAUUUAUCGGAGGGAAAUGACACAUUGCAAGAGCACAACAGUGUACUUGUUGAAGAGUCUAUGAAACUUGAACACCUUUGCUUGGUUUUUAGCAGUUAUAAUGCUGAGAGAGCAUUAGAGCUAAAUAUUCUUAGUAAUAACAUGGAUCAUCUUCGCCAAAUUAGCACUGAUCUUGAGGAGGAAAUCAGAUCACUGAAUGAAAAAUUGGGAGCUGCAGAGGUUGAACGUGUAAACCUGAAGGAGUCACUUGCUGUUCUGGAGGAAUACAGAAGCCGGCUGGCGAUUCUUGAAGGUGAAGUCAAAACAUCCAGAGAUACCUGCCAAGGGCUGAACCUUCUAGUUGAAACUGGCAAGAACCUCUUAGCACAAAAGGACAUGGAGGUGUUGGAAGUAAAUAAUAAGUUCCAAGCUCUACAAGGAGAAAACUCCGAACUAAGUGGAAAGAUUGAGAGGCUUAUGAUAGAUGUUGAUGAGGCAAAAGUGGCACGAGAAGAGGUAGAGAAGAAAAAUCUCAGCUUACUGGAACAUAAUUCUCAGAGGGGUAGUGAGAUUGCUGAUCUCCAUCAAGCUAAUGACAAAUUGAAUCAGCAACUUGUGAAAUUAUUUGAAGAAGCAGAAAAACUUAAAAGGAGGGAAAUUUGUUUUUCUUCUGAGUUGGAGGAUGCUAUUCAAGAAAUUGAAACUCUAGUGAAGGAUGCUCACAUCACUAAAGUCCAUGAAGCAAUCUUUGAAGAAAAGAUGCUUGAGCUGCUAGUAAACUGUGAGAGCCUUGAGAUGAGUGCCAUGAUGCAAAAGGAGAUGUUCUACGGGGAAUUCGCUAGUAGAGACGCCUAUGAGGGUGAGUUGAAAGAGAAAUUUGAUGCAUUGGAUGAAGAAAAUAGAGGUCUGAAAGAAGAAUUGAGUGCAUACUUGCCGCUUAUAUUAUCACUGGGGAAUUUCGUCACCUCUCUUGAAUGGCGUAUCCUUCCACUUGCAAGUCAUCGUUCAUCGAGAAACCAAGAAAAUCUGGAUGUUUCACAGCCUCUUCAACAGAAAAAGAGAAAUGAAGAAGGAAACGGGAGUCAUCACACCGUUUCAUCAUUCGGAAUCAUCGAACUCCAAAAGUUGAAUGCUAAGGUUAAUGCACUAGAAGACAUGGUAAUAGACAUCAUAAGUCAUCUAGAACACGAGACAAAUGUUUCUAGAACUACUCAACAAGCUGAAAUAAAUAAAAGUGAAGAAUUCAAAUCAGAAGGAACCGACAUCAUCUUGCAUCUGAAAAAGAAAGAGGAAACUUGUAAUCUCAAGAAAGCCGAUGCUGAAAUUUUCGAACAGGGACCCCCCGAGGAGAUGAAAGAUAUUCAACUUGACCAUGUUCUAAGCUCUUCACAAUUUGAGACUGGUGCUAGUUCCAAUGCACAAGGUGCAAUUGAUAGUGAUGAAGCCAAGGAUCACAUGAUGGAAUUAUGGGGAAUUAUAGACCGCAAAGAUCAAGAUCUAGAUUGUCACAAUAUUGAAGCAGUGGAGGAGGAAAAGAUUGAAUUGCCUUCUUCAAGAGCAGCACCUGAGAAAGAGUUGGGUAUCGUUACAGAGUCUGAAUGGAAUGGGAGUAUCAGUGAAAGGCUUUCUUCUGAUGCUCAGAGGCUCUCGGCUCUUCAAGAGAACGCCAAAGAACUAAAAAAGACCAUGGAGACAUCUGAACUAAGUAAAAGCCCGACAAGUUUCGAAUUCAAGAAGGUUAAAGCACAGUUGAAAGAGGCUGAGGCAGCUAUCUCGCAGUUAACUGAUGCCAACAAGAAGUUAGCGAAGAAGACUGAGAAGCUAUCAUCAUCUUCAAACAGUUUGCUUAGUGAUCAAAUUGAUGAUAUGGGGAACAUCAGUGAACGGAAAAUUUCAGAACGAGCACGAAGAGGGUCAGAAAAGAUCGGAAGGUUGGAGCUGGAGCUGCAGAAACUUGAGUAUAUCUGGUUGAAACUGAAGGAAGAGCAUGAUUAUAGAAAAGCUAGAGCUGCAGAGAGAAGAACUAGAGUUCUUUUGAGGGAUUAUCUUUACGGGAGGAGAGAGAGCCCAAGGAGGAAGAAAGUUCACUGUUGUGCUUGUAUGAGACCAAGAACGAAGGAUGAGUGAGUGACUUGUCUACCCUACUUAGUGUGUAAUAAUUUCUUUAAUUUUGGAGCUAAAGAUUGAAGCUCUUGGUUAUGUACAAUGCGUAGUUAGAAAAGAGAGGAGGUAAAUAGGCUUAUUUAUACUUAACAACUCAAAUGGUGCUGAAGUUCUCCGAAUAAGAUGUAUUAAGUCGAUCAAUGACGGGGCCUAAUCAUAUCAAGCUGAGCUGCAACAUCUGUUAUUGAGUACGGGAUGACGAUGAACGGGGAGUAAGUUGGAUCGAAGAUCAGAUACUGGUGAAUAACAUGGUGUUUGCAGCGCACCGAAUUGCUAAUUUUGUAUAGAUCAUAUCCGAUCUCGGUCCUGACAUAUCUCGGUCCUGACAUGCUGAAGAUCCAGUUGAUAUGAAGCCUAGAGGCUAAAUUGACAUAUAAGUUUUAGGACGGCGUCAUCAUUUGAACGGCAGAGUUUCUUCGAGAUUACUGCUAUCGUUGUGAUUAUGAGCCAUUUUCUUUUUCUGCAAAUUUUUGUAUCAAACUAAGUUGGAUGCUUGUCAUACGGCAAUACCAGAGUGGUUGAUGGUUAUCAAUUGAUAAUUAGGAAGCCAAGGCAUUGGUAAUGCUCCAUUUGGGUUGUUUAAUUUUAGUCGAUGUGGAAGGAAAUGAGGUAACAAUUCAUAGCAUGGUUUCGCAUUUGAGUUCUUGGAUGAUAGAUUAUACACCUAUUCACUUCUCUGUUUUCAUUC